CCGUCACUGGCCCGUUGCCCCGACAACGAUAGGGGGAAAAGGCUGGUGGGUGCAUCGCUUCCCCGGAGCGUCUUGCCGGCUGGGCUCGGCUUAGUUGGGGCGUACGGGAGCUCGGGCUGGGGCACUCUUCCGAAUCUCCGGGGUGCAGAGAAACAUGGCACUCCCCACACUGCCUUCCUCCUGGUGCAGCCGAAGGCUCCUGGAUCAGCAGGCCGCACGACAGCGACACCGGGAGCAGGAGGCCCAGCUUCGGCAGCAGUGGGAUGAGAACAGCCGCUACUUCAAGAUGUCUGACAUCUGCAGCUCCAAACAGGCAGAAUGGAGCUCCAGGUCCUCCUACCAGCGGAGCAUGCAUGCCUACCAGCGGGAGAAGAUGAAGGAGGAGGGGAGAAAGCGUCUGGAAGCCAGACGGCAGAGACUCAGACAGCUUCUGCUGGAGGAGCAGGACCUGCUAGUCAGAGAACUAGAGGAACUGAGGCUGAGCAUGAACUUGAGGGAAAGGAGAAUCCGGGAGCGGCAUGGGAAUCUGAAGUCGGCCCGAGAAGAGCAAAGGAAACUGAUUGCUGAACAACUUCUGUAUGAACACUGGAAAAAGAACAACCCCCAACUUCGAGAGAUUGAACUGGACCUUCACAAGAAGCAUGUGAUAAACUCUUGGGAAAUGCAGAAAGAGGAAAAAAAACAGCAAGAAGCCGCUGAAGAGGAAAAGGAAAAACGAUAUGAAAAUGAAUACGAAAGGGCCCGACGGGAAGCGCUAGCACGGAUGAAGGCUGAAGAGGAAAGGAGGCAGCUGGAGGGUAAACUGCAGGCGGAGGCGCUGCGCCAGCAGAUGGAGGAGCUGAAGGUGAAGGAGAUGGAGGCCACCAAACUGAAGAAGGAGCAGGAGAAUCUGCUGAAGCAGCGCUGGGAGCUGGAGAGGCUGGAGGAAGAGAGGAAGCAGAUGGCGGCCUUGCGGCAGAAGGCGGAGCUGGGACGCUUUCUGAGACAUCAAUAUAAUGUGCAACUCAACAGACGUACACAGCAGAUCCAAGAGGAACUGGAGGCGGACAAGCGCAUUCUGCAGGCGCUGCUGGAGGAGGAGGACGAGAACCAGCGCCUGCAUCUGGCGCGGAGGGAGCGGGCUUUGGCUGACGCUGCGUGGAUGAAGCGGGUCAUUGAGGAGCAGCUGCAGCUGGAGAAGGCACGGGAGGCUGAGCUGCAGAUGCUAUUGAGGGAAGAGGCCAAGGAGAUGUGGGAAAAGAGAGAGGCAGAAUGGGCCCGGGAGAGGAGCGCUCGAGACCGGCUGAUGAGCGAGGUUCUGACAGGGAGACAACAACAAAUACAGGAGAAGAUUGAACAAAACCGCCGGGCGCAAGAGGAAUCCCUGAGGCACAGGGAGCAACUUAUUCGACAUCUUGAGGAAGCAAGAGAGUCAGCUCGUCGUGAGAAGGAGGAGAGCGAGGAACUGAAAUCAGCCAGGAAGCAGGAGCUAGAAGCCCAGGUUGCAGAGCGCCAGCUGCAGGUAUUGGAAGCGGACCAGCAGGAGGAAGAGGAGGAAGAGAAGGCGAGGCAGGCAGAGCAGCUCACAGAUGCCCUGCUGCAGCAGGAGGCAAAGAUGAUGGCCCAGAAGGGCUACCGGCCCAAGCCUUAUGGACACCCCAGAAUUGCUUGGAACUGACAUCGCUGGUCCUGUGAGCACAGAGAACAAGGAUGGUGAAGCCUUUGAUGUGCAGCCACCAGAGCGUUUUGCAAGUUGUCUGCAGAACAUGUCAAUAGUUCAGCGAGCCUGCUCAGGUCCAUGAUUAAAUGAGCAAGGGUCUGGCCGGAAUAAGGUGUGAUGGAAAUGCAGCACCCAGCGGGAGGCCCCUUCCUGCUUUUCUUAUCCCAGAAAGGGGCUUUAUAGUCACUCACUGCCAGUGUGUAGCAGACUGAUGUUUCUAAAUAAUGUAAGAGUCUAAAUCAGUGCUAGAGUUACAAGUUGUUCCCUAACAGGAUACGUGGUUUCCUGUUGUCUUACCCCUGUCACCUCCAGUGGGGACUCCAGCUAGAGAUAGAAGUUUUUCAGUAUUUAAAAUUACCAUUUAACAAUUCUAUUGAAUAUAAACUUGUGGGUCUUGGUGCAGUUUGUUAAUAUUUAGUGGUCCCAAAAGGAUCAUGUCUUGUUUUCUGGAAAAAAGGCACUAUGAACCCUAAGACAGUCUGAUGUCAUCCAUGGAUGCUUUCUGGACAGGUGGUGAGAAACAAGUCUUUCCUCCCUUAAGAAUUUUUGGUAAAAUUUCCACAGAGCAGUGCAGGGUGUGUGUGUGAUCCCAUUAUGUGUGUAACUGGGCCUCAAAAGGGGACCUCCACAGGUCUAACCUUUUUGCAUGACACUUUGGACCUCUAGUGUCUUGGGAAGGGCUCGGCGGUGUGCUGCCUUCUGGGAUUUAUGUGCCCAGAGGGAGGGGCACUGAACCUGAAGAAACUAGAUUAGACUUAACCAAGAUCGGGCAAAAAUUUCUCUUCCCACUGUUCUAUCAAUGUGACAUAGUUCUAGGUUAAGCUCUAUAUAUAGCAGUAAGUUCCUUGCAGCAAUAAUCAUAUUUUUAUGACUUGUACUUUUUUCAUAUUCUUCCUCUGAGGUUUCAGUUUUCAUUAUAUUGUGUUCAAUAUUCCACAUCUCAGUAAGUUACAGCUAAUUACAGGCCUGUGUUCCAGGUUAUUAAAAACAGAGUUUAUUAAAAAAUCCCAAGUCUAAGGGCUACAUUACCUUUCAUUUCCUUUGUGCUGUAAAAACAAAUUGAGCUGCAAAACUACAUCCCUUAAUCUGUUUUUCAUUUUCUUGUCUUAAAUUUCUUUGGCUGUGAUCCCCUGAGCACUACUUUCAUUAAGUGUAUUCAUUUUUACUUCCCCUGUUUCAGAUGUUCAUUAAUUGUGAAAUAUAAUAUUUGUUUGAUGGCGUUGCUUCCAA